ACGUGGUUUUUCUGGUUUCUCUGCUUCUAAAAGUGAAAGUGAAAGUUCUUCCUCUUGCUCUCAGCAGAGUAACACCGUGUUUCAGGCAGCAGCAACAACGCAGCAAAGUGACCAUGAUUGGUUUCCUGAUGAGGCUUUGGAGGGGUGUAAGAUGGAUUUUUAUUCAAACAGGAAUAAAGUUGUUUUUCAGUUUAUUAGUUAAGAUCCGUGUGGUCACUUCUGGACAAACCUUUGGAGCUGAUGAAGAGCUGCUGAACCAGCUGGGGAGGAACUUAGAGCUGCUUCGGACGGACCGGAACAGAAGCAGCGUCACCCUGCUAUUCUGUCCAAUCACCUCUCGUGUCGGGUCUGAUGUGGAAGCAGCCAUGAGCAAUCUGUCAGGAGAUCAAAACGUGAUCCUGGUCCUGAUGCACCACACCAGAGAUCCCAGCUACUCCACAGCCGGAACGGACUGGGCAGACGUCUAUCCCAAUGUCAUCUCCAGCGUUCAUGUUCUCUUCCAUGAGAGCGUGCCAGGACUACUGACCUGUUCUCAAAACAACAUGGCGGUGGAUCAGAUGCUGAGAGUGUUGCGCCGUUAUAGAAUUCCAAGUUGGAAAAUAAAUAUUAAGCUUUGGGGGAGGAUCAUAAUAAUAUCUUUAACAAUUUAUUUAAUCUGCAAAAACUCAGAGUUUAUAACUAAUUUUCUUCCAAGCAGAGAAAGAGGCUCUGUGCCUGAACUCACAGAGCCUCUUUAUGUCCGUGGAACCACAGAAAAACCUCAUGUAUGAACUGGGGUUCAGGUCAGUUCAUCCCAGCACCAAUUUGUACCCCAAUUGUAAAUUACUCUUUUAAUUUAAUUAUCCAGUAUUUGAGCAACCAAUCUCAACCCAUAUUCUUAAAACAUGGGGUAUCAGUUUUUCAUCAUCCUCAAAUUAUAUGUAUGAUUUAAUUCAAAUGCAUAUUAUCUGAAAAUUAUGUAUUAUAUUCUAUACUGACUCAUUUUGGUCCUGAGUGACUUCUGGACCAAUUUAAUCACAAAAUAGGGUAGAUUCUGACCUCUAACCUUUGUCACUGAGAAUGCCCUGGUGGACAUUGGGAAGAUAUGAUUUGUUGGAGUCAUUUAAAUAGAUCAUAGAUCCUCAAUGAAUGACCAGCCAUUACAGAAGGGGAACCAUAUAUGGGGGGGAAGUUAGGACAAUUACAGGGGAUCCUGACUGACAGGGGUCCCUCCCACAAUUUUUAUUUAUUUUUUUGUUCAUAGAAAUGAAAAAUAAAAUG